ACAAGCUCCAAUCAUGGCCCUUCCACACCCCAAGCUUCUUCCCCCGGUCUUCUUCCCUCUCCGAAACCGCCCAACACAACCUUCCCCCAUCCUCCCCCUCCCCGGAAACCCUACACUCCCCCACCUAAAACACGAAUCUUUCUCUCAACUCCAAGCAUCAGCCAAAGAUGAGUCCCUCUCCACCCUCAUCACUGAGCUGGAGCAACAAGGAGAUCAUAGUAGCCAAACCGCAGAAGACGAUCUCCUACCACCGAACCGCCAGCCGGAACACCGCCUCUCAGAGCGGUGGCGCGAGAUCCACGGGCUUGGCGACUGGGCAGGGCUGCUCGACCCGAUGGACCCGUUGCUCCGCUCCGAGCUGAUCCGCUACGGCGAGCUGGCCCAAGCCUGCUACGACGCUUUCGAUUACGAUCGUUUCUCGCGCCACUGCGGAAGCUGCAAAUACAACCACCGACACUUCUUCACUAACUUGGGGAUGCCCGAUGCGGGCUACGAGAUCACCCGCUACAUCUACGCUACUUCCAGCUUCAAAAUCCCGAAUUUCUUCGCGAGUUCUCGCCGGCCUCGGACGUGGAGCGACAGGGCUAACUGGAUCGGCUAUGUGGCGGUGUCGAGUGAUGAGGGCAGCGCCCGGCUCGGCCGCCGCGACAUUGUUGUGGCAUGGCGAGGGACGGUGACGAGGCUUGAGUGGAUUGCCGACCUUAUGGACUAUCUCCGGCCGGUGUCGGCGGCGGGAAUCCCGUGCAGGGAUCCGGGGGUGAAGGUCGAAUCCGGUUUCCUGGAGCUCUACACAGGCAAAGACCCCGGCUGCCUCUUCUGCAAAUUCUCGGCGCGAGAGCAGGUGCUCGCCGAAGUUCGGAAGCAGGUGGAACUAUACAAAAGCUCAGGAGAGGAAGUGAGCGUGACGAUGACUGGACACAGCCUGGGGAGCGCGCUGGCUAUGUUAAGCGCGUACGACGUAGCGGAGACGGGGGUUAGCGGUGGUUCGCCGGUGUGCGUGUUCUCGUUCUCGGGUCCGCGCGUGGGGAACGGGAGGUGGAAGGAGAGGUUCGAGGAGGGAGUGAAAGCUCUGCGAGUGGUGAACGUGCAUGAUAGCGUGCCGAAAGUGCCGGGGAUUUUUUUCAACGAAAGGGUUCCGGAGGCGGUGAGGAGGAUGGCGGAGAGCUUGCCGUGGAGUUACAGUCAUGUUGGGGUGGAGCUAGCGUUGGAUCACAAGCUCUCGCCGUUUUUGAAGGACACGGGGGAUCCGUCUUGCUAUCACAACCUCGAAGCACAUCUGCAUCUGCUGGAUGGGAAGAGCAUUUGACUCAUUUGAGGAUUAUUUUAGAGACAUUGAGGCAACUUCAACUGUAUGUUAAGUUCUUCAAGUGUGAAUUCUGAAUGAGGAGUUAUUCUUUUCCGAGGCAUGUGGUGAACAACACUGGUAUUUUUGCUGAACCCCAUAAGGUUCAGGAUGUUGCUGGUUAGCCAAUACUUACUAUUGUACUUGAGGUAAGUAGCUUUUUAGACAUGACCAACUGCUACUGGAAGUUUGUGAAGGGAUUCUCUCAAAUUUUUGUGCCUCUAAUGAUAAUCACUCAUAAACCAGUGGCUUUUAUCUAGAUGUCUGACUAUGAGAAAAGUUUUAAGUGAUAGAAGGACUAUCUCAAAUAUGCUCCAGUUUUGACUAUUCCAUCUAGUAUGAAAGAAUUCAGAUAUUCAAUGAUGCUUCGUUGAAAAAACUGGGAUGUGUUCUAAUGCUUCAUAAA